AUGCAGAGCGUUGGCAGGCGAGGGGCAGUGCCUGGCGCUGGUCCGCGGCCGUCGGGUGCGCUCGAGUACCUCGAGCAUCAUGCGCUGCGGGCGGUGUUUGAGGCUAUGACCAUAGCGGUCAUUGUCAAUCGUCCCGACGAUCCGCUCAGUUAUCUCGCUGCCCAUCUCCAGGCGCUGCCGUCGCCAAUGAACCACGCUGAGCGGACACGCCUCGCUACCUCUCCGGAGUACUACAUGGCCGCGCCCGAGCCUGCGUCUGAGCCGGUGUCAGCGCCUAGGCCGGGCCGCGAGCCGCCAGCUGCCCCGAUGACCGAGGAUGAGCCAGAGGCUGUGGUCGAGGCCGGUGGGGGUGAGACCAAGGCUCAAGCUGGAACGUUGGCCGAUGAUGCAGCUGAGGCGACAGUGCUGGCGGUGGAUGUGUGGGCGGGAAAGCGUGCCGGUGGCGUUCGGUAUAUGGAGGACGACGCGCUGGCGCUAGCGUCUGUCUCGCCGCGAUCGUAUCCGUUUGACGGUCUGUUGGGGGUCUUUGACGGCCAUUCGGGCGACAAGAAGGCCGGGCGGGCGGCGGCCGGGCUGGCCAAGGUGCUGGCCGCCGGCGAGUUUGUGCGGGCAGAACAGGCGGCGCUGCGGUCGCGCGAUGUGGAACUCGAUGUGGACAAGGUCUUUGUCAACAUGUUCGACGCCAUGCAGCGGAUGAUGGUGAAGCGGCUCAAGCGCAAUGUUGAGUACGCUGGGACGACGGCAACAGUGGCAGUCAUCCGUGAUGACGGCGAUCUGCUGGCGGCUAACGUGGGCGACUCGUCGGGCCUGCUCUGCACCUACUGGCUUGACGCUGGUGAGGAGCAGCUGGCGGCGGUGGCGACACCGCUGACAACAGACCAUGUGGCCACAGACGAGGUCGAGCGCGAGCGAGUGGUUGCUGCUGGUGGCUUUAUCACCGACGAUGCCAAGUUUGGCCGCAGGGUCAACGGCCUGCAGGUGACGCGGUCGUUGGGCGACGUCGGCUCGCCGGGCACGGUGGCCACGCCGUCGACAACACGGAUUCCGCUCGGCAAGGGCAAUGUACUCGGAGUGGACGUCCCGCCGAACGCCGUCUCGCUCGUCCAGUACGUGGUCCUGGCCUCGGACGGGGUCUGGGGUGGCAUCUCGGUCCAGGCGCUCCUCGAUGAGAUCAUUCAGCCCGAGAUGCGCGCCGCGGCGGCCGGGGAGGCGAUCCUGAAUGCCGCCGAGGAGAGGGCAGAUCCCAACGCGCUGGAUAACUUGUCGGUGGCAGUCUAUUGCCGAGUGACCAAGCCUGUGUAA